CUAAACUCUGCGACUGUUGAGCCAGCGAAUUUGAGAAGAAACACAUACGAGCAGAAGCUGAGAGCCCAACACCACUGUCUCACUCUCACCGGCCACCUCCGAUCCCCGCCGGCCAGGACAGCCAUCUAACUCUGCUAAGCUGUACGAUAUGAUGAUAGUUGUACUGGCACUGAUUCUGAGUGUCUUUUUGGGACUUCUAAUUUUGAUCCCGCGAGACCGUAAAUCUGGUCUUUCGAAAAAAGUUGAGUCAAAUGCUAGCAAUAAGAAGGCAUCCAAAAUCUACAGUAAAGCUGAAGUCUCUUUGCAUAACAAGAAAACUGAUUGCUGGAUCAUCAUCAAGGACAAGGUUUUUGAUGUUACAUCAUACGUAGAGGAACAUCCAGGUGGUGAUGCCAUCUUAGCACAUGCUGGCGAUGAUUCAACCGAAGGGUUUUAUGGGCCACAACAUGCAACCCGAGUCUUUGACAUGAUUGAUGACUUUUACAUUGGAGAUCUGGAGGCUAGUUAGUUAGAGCUAUUGUUUUGUAAAAUUGACAAGAGGAACAGUUUCUUCCUUCAUUGCCAAAUUUGACAGAUCUUAGAGCAGUAGUUAAUUACUGCCAUUCAUUGGUUUGUAAAACUAACAAGACAAAUGUGCUUUCCGAAUCCUAUUCUUCUUUUGACA